AUGACGUUCGUGCCCACGGGGCCUGAGGCCUCGUUCUUCGACGCCCUGGAUAGGCACCGGGCUUCCUUGCUGGCCAUGGUGAAGCAAGGCGCAGGGAAGACCCCUGCCGGGGUGACCCGCGUGGUUUCUAGUUCUGAGGUUCUUACAUCUAUAGAAAAUAUUAUUCAAGACAUAAUCAAAAGCUUGGCAAGAAAUGAAGUGCCUGCCUUCACAAUAGACAACAGAUCAAGCUGGGAAAACAUAAUGUUUGAAGAUUCUAUUGGCCUUCAGAUGAUACCUCAGUGUACCACCAGAAAAAUCAAAAGCGAUUCACCAAAAUCAGUUAAAAAGUUUGCUCUAAUUCUGAAAAUAUUGUCCAUGAUUUAUAAAUUAGUACAGAGCAACACUUAUGCAACCAAGAGAGACAUAUACUACACUGACAGCCAGCUCUUUGGGAACCAAGCUGCAGUGGACAACAUUAUAGAUGACAUUUCCUGUAUGCUGAAAGUGCCCCGGAGGAGCCUGCAUGUGUUAUCUACAUCCAAGGGAUUGAUUGCUGGCAACUUGAGAUACAUGGAGGAAGACGGCACCCGAGUGCAGUGCACCUGCAGUGCCACGGCUACUGCUGUGCCAUCUAACAUCCAAGGGAUCCGGAAUCUGAUGACAGAUGCGAAGUUUCUGUUAAUAGUAGAGAAGGAUGCGACAUUUCAACGGCUCCUGGACGACAACUUCUGCAGCAGAUCCCCAUGCAUCAUGGUCACGGGAAAGGGCAUUCCAGAUCUGAACACAAGGCUCCUGGUGAAGAAGCUGUGGGACACAUUUCAUCUUCCUGUUUUCACACUGGUAGAUGCCGAUCCCCAUGGCAUCGAGAUAAUGUGCAUCUACAAGUACGGGUCCAUGUCCAUGUCCUUCGAAGCCCACAGUCUUACCGUCCCAGCUAUCAGAUGGCUUGGUCUCCUUCCUUCUGAUAUUAAAAGGUUAAAUAUACCGAAGGAUAGUUUGAUUCCACUGACAAAGCAUGACCAGAUGAAACUGGACAGUAUCCUGAGGAGGCCUUAUAUCAGCUGUCAGCCCUUCUGGAGAAAAGAGAUGGAGAUGAUGGCAGAAUCUAAGAUGAAAGCAGAGAUCCAAGCCUUGACCUUCCUGUCGUCAGACUAUCUUUCCAGAGUGUACUUACCCAACAAGCUGAGGUUUGGAGGAUGGACAUAA